CGGAACACAGAACUUCGCGCAAUUGGAGUCCCUUGAUGUCAGUCAGCAGCGGCGGCUUUGCCACCACCUCUCCAGAUUCCAUUCUCUACUGCACUUGGCGACCAUAUCGGCCGUCAGGGAAAGAAAUACCAUCGGGAUGAGGAGAUCGUAGGCCAUGUAAAUACAAAGUGUAAAAUGUUAACGAUUUAAUCGACACAUCGAUGUGGUGUUUGCUUUUCGAAUAUCGUAGUUAUGGUCCCAAUAGUCUCCCGUCCGUGUGUUUUAUCCACCACCGUCUCUAGCCUCGGGAAAAUGUACCCGACUAUUCUUGGUAGCAUUUUUUUCACAAACAAAAGAAGACACCCGAAAAAGCAAUAAAAGAGCACGACAGAAGGAUCGGUCCAGGUGCCCCCACCUCAUGGAGAAGGUUGGCAAGGUGUGGAGCAACCUGAAGAGGGGAUGUCAAUCUCUGCUCCACACAGAUGGGGGUUCUCGUGUUGAAAUGACGCCACAGCUUCAACAGCAAACAGACAUGGUUUGCCACGUUGUGGACAAGGCCCAGGGAGACAGCACACUUGAGGCUGCCAGUCCCUCUAGCAGUGUGGCAGCACUCCCACAAGUGCCAUGGAGGACCAGCGGGAGUGUGUCACAACGGGGCCAUAACUGUGUAGCGGAUGUACCACAGAUACUAGAGAUCACAGUUGAGCAGGAUACUGAAGAUGCUCAUGCUCCCCUUGGAGCCCGCAGAGAUUCUUAUUCACGCCAUGCACCUUGGAGUGGAAAGAAGAGACACUCGUGUUCCACUAAGGCCCAGAGUUCUCUGGAGACCACAGAUCGUCGAUCGAGCCGGUCUCGGCGCAGACAUGGGACUGGUAGUAGCUGUGAGGAGUUGGGAGCAGCACGCUCACUACGCCAGCAGAUCCAUGAUACAGUGGGCCUGUGCCUCCCAUUGCGAGCAUCUUCUCGAAACACUCACCUUCCACCACCCAAACGUAAGAUACAAAUUACGGAGCUGAUGCUGGAGACAUGCCCCUUCGCACCAGGAUCAGAUCUGGCCCGUAAAUGGCACCUCAUUAAACAGCACACUGCUCCAGUCACAGCGACAGCAGUCGAUUCGUCCUCGGAUGCCCCUGGUGCUGCCUGUGCAUCACCGGAAGAUGAGGAGGAGCGUCUGCGAGAAAGAAGGCGACUCAGCAUUGAGGAGGGUGUGGACCCACCUCCAGAUGCCCAGAUCCACACAGUGGAGGCCAUCAAAGCCCCCCUAGCUUCUCUUUAUAAGCUGGGACCUAAGCUGGCCCCUGGAAUCGGUGAGGGCCUAGGCGACAGCCAGGGGGCAACAGCAGCUACCUGUGACUCUGAGGAUGAUGACACCACCACUCUUUGCUUGCAAGCUCGCAGGCCCAAGCAGCGGCACACUUCUACUGAGGGCCACCUGAGCAGCAAGCAACCAGGGCCUUGGAAAGUGCACACCCAGAUUGACUACAUCCAUUGCUUGGUUCCAGAUCUGCUGCAGAUCACAGCACUUCCCUGCUACUGGGGUGUGAUGGACCGCUACGAGGCUGAAGCGCUGCUGGAUGGACGGCCCGAGGGCACCUUUCUGUUGCGAGACUCCGCUCAAGAAGACUAUCUGUUUUCCGUUAGUUUCAGGCGCUACGGCCGUUCGCUGCAUGCACGCAUCGAGCAGUGGAAUCACAACUUCAGCUUUGACGCGCACGACCCCUGUGUGUUCCACGCAGCCACCGUGACAGCCCUCUUGGAGCACUACAAGGACCCCACUGCUUGCAUGUUCUUUGAGCCGUUACUCACUGUGCCUCUGCACCGGACCUUCCCAUUUGGCCUGCAAAGCCUGGCUCGAGCUGCCAUUUGCAAUGGGAUCACCUACGAUGGCAUCGGGGCACUGCCACUGCCCCCUGCUCUGCAGGACUACCUCAGGGAGUAUCACUAUAAGCAGAGGGUGCGCGUACGCUGGCUUGAGAGGGAGCCAGUAAAGGUCAAGUAAUGCAGGGCGGAUAAUUCUCAGCUCUCCAACAGGAGUAGUCCAUUCAGCACUUUGCAGAAGUGGAGGAAUUACAUUUUUUUUUUCUGGGGGGGUUAGAUGUUUGGUGAUGGAGGUGUGAAAGGAGGGUCCUGAAACUGAACACAAUAUAUAAGCUUCUAUCAUUUUUUUUUUUUGGUUAUCACUCAAACACACAAAUACAAUGGUCUCUCCAGUGUGCACAUUUCACUACAGCUUGCACUACAGAACUAGGAUGACACUGCAGAUGUCUUGGUCAGAUUUGAACGCCCUUCUCCCUCAGUUCCCACGACCUCGCUCUAAGGGGGAUCUGCAGAUACAGAUAUUUUCAUGCUCCUCCACUCUUUCACUGCUUGACUGUGUGGUUUUAUUGCCAUUUCCGUUCACCUCCCUGCCUGCCCUUAAUUCCCUUGCAUUACAAUUGCAUUGUUAAUGUUUAUUCAAAGUAAUAUUGUGGACAAAUUCUGAGGGGAGGGGAAAUGAAAGGUGAUGUUCAAAUAUUGCUUUUUCCAGCUUGUUCAUCAGCUUUAGCUUCAUGGUGCUCUUUCAGUGGUUCCCAUGGUAACAUUCUGUGCUCAUUCCGAGAUUAGAUGCAUUCUGAAGUAGGAAAUAGAAAGGCUUUCAAAAAAACCCUGCUCAUGGAGAAUGAGGCAGUGUGAUUCAUAAAAUAUGGAUUGUCCUUAAACUAUGUAUCUAGACAGAUUUUGGGAAUGCGUUGCAGUGAAGAGAAGGGCUCUGUAAUGUUUAGCUUCCUUGCGCUUCCGGGAAGCGAAAAGGAUGAUGGUGCACAAAAUGAUGUGGUGUGACGUGAGAGCGCUUGGUUUUCAAAAAACAUUGUUACUCACAGUCUGCCUUCUGUUGCUGUCAAUAUGUUUUGUAAUCAUUAAUUCCUAUCACUAAUUGCACAGGGGGUGGGGUUGGGGAUUGGGGGGUGGUGACUGACUAAUUCUGUAUCGUCUUUUUUUGUGAAUGGUCUAUCAGUGCCCUUGAAGUUGGGCACUGAUUAAGAGCACUUUAACUUAACCGUGCUUGUGUUAGUGGGUGCAGCAGAGGCGAUACAAAAACCUGCUAUGCUGGGACCAUUGUUGUUAGGCAUAAACACCCUCCUGUAUACAGGAAUAAACACUCUACACUCACUUUGUUUAACCCACAUUGCUCUAGACAGGACGGUAAGCAAGUUUUGAGGAGAUCCCGUCAGUGCCAUCAGAUUUAGGUCAAGCCGACUUGUUUUGUGAGACCUGCUUAAUUUAAAUGAUUUUAAUAAUAAUGAAUAGUCUUUAGUACAUAUAAGGUUAGCAGAUUUUUUUUUUUUAAGCAACUAGGAGAAAGGUUGAAAUGGAGCACCCCUGCCCAAGACCAGCUUAUUGGUCACUUUAGAAUCAGAUCCACACUUUAAUUUCUUUAUGUACAAUGAGGGAUUCCAAAUACUAAGUAUAGAGAAAUAGACAUAUUUAUAACUCACGUGAUCUUUGCCCCAUUUAAACAAAAAAAGAUAAGCUCACUUAAGCCAGUGAUACCCAGUCCUGGUUCUGGGGCCAGGACCAAGAUUGGGAACGGUUGACUUAAGUAGCGCUAAGUACAUCAUCAUGGUGCAUUCAGUGGAUUUACUAAUUGUGGUCCAAUUGGAAAAGACAUGUUUUCCAAUGACCGUUCGACUGUCAGUGACACCAUUAGACACCUUCUUCAUGGGCCUGGUGCUGAUGUGUGAUGUAUUUUGAAUAAUGCUAGGGAUACAACUAUUGAUCCCCACAUCUUUCUGACUUUUUAAUUGAUGAGAUCAGGUAGAACUGCCAAAUGCUAAGCUCAGGCUCACAACACUUUAACAGCAGGGUAGUACAGUGCAAAUAUAACCAGCUUUGUGUGCUUGUGUGUGUAAGUGUGUUGCACUGACUCUGACCUCAGUCAACUGUAAGAGACUUCUGCUGACAUGAAAAGUUUGUUAUACGCUCCUCCCAGGCAACACUAAUCCACAGUCUAUCCUGAUGCAUUUAAAGUCGUCUUCCUGCACAUUAUCCUGUUGAGUCUUUUUUUUUUCCUUGCACAAGAAAGGAUGUCAGGAUCAUCCUGGGAAGAAUUCAAAGACUUGAGGAAAGAACUUUGGGGUGACAUCACUGUAACCACUGCGUGGUUUGAUCUCCCUCACCACACUAUCUCUUUCUGUUGGGUGUGGGUGAAAUUUGUGCAAUUUAGACAGAGCCUCUGCUUGUAUGAUGGUUGUGAAGCAGGUUUCAGGUUGACAUGGCAUCUGAAGGGGCCAGCUGUCCUGCUUACUACUCAACUGUAAAAGUCUCAUGCUUGGCUUUGCUCCAGACACUCCUCACUGCACUAACCCAUGAAACUUGACGUGUACCUACCUAUACCUGUGUACCUACCUAAUAUACCUGUGUACCAAUUUUCAUCAGGGGUGGAGCAUUUGCUCAGUCAGAUAAGGGCAGAGAAGAGGAUCAUGGUGCCUCUUCUCUCCCUCCUAUAGUUUUCCCUAGUUUUACUAAAGGCAUAAUGGAUUCAAAUGGAUACCUAUCAAAUAUAUAUAAAAUAAUUAUUAGACAGAUUUUUAAAAUGAAAUAUUUUUUAAUGAGUAAAUUAAGAAAUGCAAUAAUCUAUUUGGGCUUGGCUGUAAUGGUGAAAACUGAUGUGAAUUGUCUGAGAAAUAUGUCUCCUUUGAAAUUGUCUUCAGGUUAGAAUCAUUCUAUUCACAUUUCUACAACAUAGGAUGUUGGAGCAGUAUGUCAUACAGGUGUGUGAGAAAAACUAGAUAAAUGUGACCAAAGGUUUAAGUUUGGUGAAAAAAUGUCAAUGUGAUAGCUUUCUCACAAAAUGAUUGCUAAAUGUUCCCAGAUAAACAUUUCAAAGUCAAAAAGAAUCUAGUUUUAGACCCUAAAGGUGCUAAUUGGCUCACAGUAUGGAUUAAUUAACUUUCAGAAGUGCCUUUUCUUAAAUACUUCACCCUUUCCUCAAGUAACCCAACUUAAGUGAUACCCAGUCUAGUUAAUUUGCAUCUUUCAGCAAAUUAAAGCAAAAUACAACACAAACGUAUCCAUUAGUUUUAUGUUUUUAUACAAAUUUGGUGUUGUGUUCUGAAAGAAAGUUCAAAAUAUCAUGAAUAAUUUGUGAACAAAAGGCUUUUAUCCACCCUUGUUUUAGGAUCCAAGUUAAGGUUUGGAUUAGUUAAAUGUGAUUAUGAAAUAUUUAUAGUCCAUCAGGUGUAUGAUUGACUUAAGUGAUGCACAUGUAAAUGCGCAUAGAUGGAGACUUUAUCACAGAUGGCCAGAAAGCAAGAUGAAAGGUCAUGAUUCUCAGAUGUGAUACUAAGGCAUAGAUUGGCAGUGUUUGGCCUCACAUGAUAUGUAUACCUGUCAAUAUCCUAGCUGGAGAAUUUCUUCUAGAAAUUAACAAUAGUAUGUUAAAACGUUAGAGAUAAUGUUGCAAGCCAUUUUGUGUGCAGAGCCUUGCACAUUACCAACAGGAAAAGCUUUCUUUUCAAUAUGAUGCAUUCUGUACACAAACUAUAGGGAGACUGUGUUCGGCAUUGUUUAGACAGAAAUAAAAGACGUGCUGAUGUAUUAAAUUCUGCUGGCUCUGUGUCAGAUUCAAUAAUUCACAAGAAUCACCAAGGUAACCGUGUUACCUUAAAGUUUGAAUGGGCUGGAGGUGAGAUUUUAGGACUGGGUGCCAGGAUGACAACACUUGACAAUGAUUACACUUAAGAUGCGCCACCCAUGACCUGCUGCCGAAUUUCUGAUUGGACCCUUGGGACAAGCCCCUCUAGACACUUGAUGAAACAUGCACCAUGGUUCUGGAGUGACAUGGAUAUCACGAUCUCUCACCAUCUUAUGUUUCAUUAUUUUUUUUUAUACACUGCCCAAGGUUUGUGCUGUACAAUGUAAUUACUCACACUCAAUGUUCUCUCUUAUCUUUCCUUCAUUCUCUCUUAUGUACAAAUAAUGGUCCCUACUCCCAGGCUGUUACUAUGUUGCUCUUUUGUAUUAUUUUUUUGACUUUGGGUUACAGUUUGCUGUUUUUGGGGCUCCACAUGCCCUUCUUUCACCAGUAGCUGUCACUCUUGGUGCUCUUGGCUUAUGCUUCAUUGUCUUAAUAUUCAAAAAUAAAAGUGUUGUAUGUGUAACCAGUU